CUGAAAUACUGAAACUUGUGGAAGUUAAUCCCAAAUACUAUUACUAUUUGCGUUUGUAAUGUGCAAUAAUGAAUAAGUACAUUCUCACUCUGUAUAUUGUUUUCGUCCAAGAGAAGUAAAUUAAAAGAAGUUCUAAAGUUGUACUUUAAAAAUUAUGGACAGAAGAUCUAGGGGAAGAGGACGAGGCAGAGGCCAGAAAAGAGAAACUUUGAGUCAGCAGCUAACUGGAGAGCAGAGUAAACGUACUUCAGUAUGGAAUCAAAAUGGAGAUUGUGCCAGAAAACCAUUAAAUCCAGUUUCAGGAGGAAUGAAGAACUCUGAAAAAAGUAAAGAACCAGGCACAAAUAAAAAGUUUGAAGAAGCUUGUGCUAAAAUUCAAGAAUCCUUGCAGAGAUUUGUACAAACACAGGAAUUAGAAGAAUCAUCAGAAGAAGAUGAACUGGAAAGUGAUGGGAUUUUGAAUAAAGUUUUGAGUUCCUACGAAGGAACUCAUGGUGACAGCAAUGAUUUUUCAAAAACUCGUCAGAAUUUACUAGACACCAUGAAGCCUGGAGCCAGUGUUUGCCUUAUUUGUAUUGAGUCAGUUAAAAGAACUGAUUCAGUAUGGUCAUGCAAAGGAUGUUACUGCAUUCUUCAUUUAACAUGUAUUCAGAAGUGGUCGAAGGAUAGUCUCUAUCAUCAAACUCACUCGUUAGAUGAAAGUAGUGAGAUAGAUAACACAGCAGUAAAAUGGUGUUGCCCAAAAUGUCGAAAAGAAUACACUCAGAUGGAAACACCACAGAAAUACUUAUGUUUCUGUGGGAAGACUGUCAAUCCACCAUUUGAUCCAUGGCUGAUACCCCAUUCAUGUGGACGAACCUGUGAACACAAACUUCAGCCUCUUUGUGGCCAUGUGUGUCUCUUACUCUGUCAUUCUGGUCCUUGUCCACCAUGUCCAAAAACUGUGAAGACAAAUUGUUACUGUGGGCGUCAGAGUCCAGAGAUAAGAAGGUGCAGUGCCAGAGAAUGGUCUUGUGGGAAACGAUGUGGUCAUCUUUUGUCAUGUGGUCAACAUAACUGUGAUGAACCUUGCCAUGGAGGACCCUGUCCUCCAUGUCCUCGUCAAAGUUUCCAGAGCUGUAUGUGUGGUCAGAAGAAGACUAACCGACCUUGUGCUAGUCCCAAGUGGCAGUGUGAUGCUGUUUGUGGCCAAAAGCUUUCCUGUGGUAACCACUUUUGUGAAAAAGUUUGUCAUGGAGGAGUGUGUGGACGUUGCCCUCGUGCAGGACCUAGAUCAUGUCCCUGUGGAAAAACAAUGAAGGAACUUCCAUGUACAGAAGAUGUGCCAGUGUGUGGUGAUUCUUGUGAGAAACUCCUGGAAUGUGGCAUCCAUCGAUGUACUGAGCGCUGCCACCCUGGGCCCUGUGGGACGUGUCGACAAAUGCGGGUGAAACGCUGCCGCUGUGGACAGCGAGAAAAGUCUGUGCCGUGCUCCAAAGAAUAUACAUGUGAAACCAAGUGUAAACGAUUGAGAGAUUGUCGACGACAUACAUGUAGUAGAAAGUGUUGUGAUGGUCAGUGUCCUUCAUGUGAACAACAGUGUAAUCGCACUCUUAUGUGCAGGAAUCAUAAGUGUAACAGUCGAUGUCAUCAAGGACCCUGUUAUCCAUGUCGAGUGAUGGUAGAUAUUACAUGUAGCUGUGGAAAGACCAAGAAAACUGUUCCUUGUGGAAGAGAAAAAGCUACUAAACCUCCAAGAUGCCGAAAACCAUGCUGCAUUCCACCAGCCUGUCAACAUCCUAGUCGUGACCCUCACCGCUGUCACUUUGGUAACUGUCCACCUUGUUCUCAGAUUUGUAAUGAAAAGCUUGACUGUGGACACAUCUGUCCUGCUGUUUGUCAUGUAGCUGUUCUUACCAAGAUUGAACCUCCAAAGAUUAAACGUGCUGGACCAUGGGAAGUGGUGCCCCCUCCUCGUAUAGAAAUGCUGGAUUAUCCUUGUCCUCCUUGUCAAGUUCCAGUACCUGUUACCUGUUAUGGAAAACAUGAGACACCAAAUUUUCCCUGUUCAGAGGCAAGGCCAUGGUCAUGCGGGAAAUCUUGUGGGCGUCUUUUGGGUUGUGGUAAUCACUCGUGCUCUCUGGAAUGUCAUACAGUAGUCAAUGCAUCUACAGAGCUUCAGGCUGGAGAAACUUGUCAGCCUUGUGAAGAAUCCUGUAGUAAACCACGACCAGCAGGUUGCACUCAUUUCUGUCUACUUCCUUGCCACCCUGAUCCCUGUCCACCCUGCCAGCAAAGAUAUCGUAAAAAGUGUCACUGCCAGCUCAAUACAGUCUACAUUCCAUGUCAUCAGUGGACAUCUUCGACAGCAGGAGAGAAAGAGAAAAUGCUGUCGUGUCAAAAUAAAUGUCCUAAAAUGAUCUCCUGUGGUCAUCGCUGUCCAAUACUUUGCCAUCAAGGGGAAUGUCCCAAUUCAACAAACUGCAAAAAGAAAGUUACUGUUCGCUGUCAGUGUAAAAGACAAAAGCAGGAGUUCCCCUGCACGAUGAAACAAAAUGGGGAUGCUGUGAUUCUUUGCGACAACUUAUGUGUAGAAGCACAAGAAAAGGAUGAAAGAGAAAAGUCUGCCCUAGAGCAGAAGCUGAAGGAAGAAGAACAGCAACGGCAGCAGAAAGAAAUGGAAGAACUCCAGCGGAAAUUUGAAGGGAAAAGAAAGAAACACAGAAAAUUCCAAAAAGAUGUAUUCUUAGAAAAUUCUAGAUGGCCGAUUUACCAGUGGCUGAUUGCAGUUUUUCUCUUUGGUGUUGCCAUGAGUAUCUUUCUAUACUUCUGUUUAUUGAAAGACUAGAGGAUUAGUAAUGGUAUACACAAUACCUUUUUGGUGCUAAUGCCUUUGCUCACAACUAUAUAUUAUUCUCACUUCAAAGUGAGAUUUCCACUUAGCUUUACUACUCAAACAAAAAUUGUCACCUGUCUUUAUAAUAUUUCUGUACUCACAGAUAAAUGUGAAUAUAUCCUUAUUCAGUGCUCCAGGUAAGCUCUUUUGACAUAACGAGAAUUUUGCUCCUUGAAAUAACCCGAAAUGCUAAAAAUAAAAAUUCCACACUGGAAAACUUCUUUAAUUUCAAGUGUCAGUGGCUGAAAUUUUGAAACUGUUUUGUUGUGUUUCCUAGGCAUUGAUCUUCUGAUUUUGAUAUUAAUGUUCUAUAAAAUAUUAACUGAGACAAUUACAGGUUGUAUUCAGUACAGUAAGUGCUUGGUUGAUGUUGAUUAAGAAAAUUAGACUUCUGUAAUUUUCAGUUCAACAGUAACACAAAACUACAGGUAAUUGCUGUAUAAUUCAUUUGUGACUUGUACUUUUUAUCACUAAAACUUGUAAUUUCAGUCAAG